GCAUAUAGUCAUUUCCCAAAGAAGAAGCAAGACGUGUGAUGCCAUUAAUAGUAAUCUGUUACAUAAUUAUGACUAGUUACAAGAAGACAAUCCUCAAACACACAAAACUCACAGUUACUGAAUCUGCAAGUAAAGCUUCUCUCUCUGUAUCAAGAAAAACUCAGCUCGUAUCAAAUGUGGAACGGUGAUGGAACAGUGGAGUUCAAUGGCUUUCUAGUUCUCUAUUCAGAGGUAGAGUAUGUGAGAAGAAUCUUUGAAAGACACCCAGAAACAGCUUUGAAUCUUCGUCCAAAGAACCAACUGGUGAAGAAUGCGUACAUGAACACCCUCCUCGACCUCAUCGAUAUAACUUGCUUAGCCCCUCAGGAGCUCACGGAGGAGGAGCUUAGAGAUGCUGAGAACACGCUUUUGGAUUUGGAAGGGGUAGGUUUCGAGUUGGACUGGUUGAAGAGGAAGCUGGAAGAGCUUUGCGUGAAGAAGAAGAAAAUGGAAGCGCGUGGUGCACGCAUGAGAGAGCUUCAUAGAAUGAUUAUGGAACAGAGACAAGUGUUGCUUGAGCUUGAAGUUGAACGGAAGAAUGAAGAGAACGAGGCUGUUUCCGACAGUGCUCGACUUGGUUUCGAGGAUGUUGUUUGAAUGGAAACUGACUUGUGAAGAAGCCUUAUUGUUUUCAGGUUUCUACUCAUGUGCUUAAGAAUAUGUGGCGUUAAUUUAUUACAAGAAUGAUUGAAUAAAAGG